AUGUCGUCGCUCGACCUCGACCAGGUGAUGCACGCGCGGGCACGGUGGCGCAAGGCCAUAUUGAUCCCUCUUUGGAUCUUCCAGAUCGCCGUGCUGCUGUGUCUCAUGGGCGUCUUUGCGUACCGUCUGGCCGAGACCUUUGAGGACUACGGGGAGCGGGACAAGCAGGGCGAGGUGCCCAUCGUCGAGGUGGUCUGGGAAGCCACUAACGUCGGCUUCAACCUCAUCGCCCUCAUCCUCAACAUAGUCGAGAUCGCCCGCAUGGCCACUGAGCGGCUGACGCCCUUUGUCAUGGUCUUCACCCAAUCCAUCAAGCUCACCUUGGCCUUUGCCGUGUUGGCGCUCGACAUCGUCGCCUACCUAGAGCACAUGGACGGGCACUACUCCACCGUCGGCCUGUCCCUCGAUUGCGGCCUUCUGUAA